GCAUGAAUGCCACCUCAAUGGGCUCUACAGAAGCCGAGCCGCAGACGUCAGUCCCAGCUUCCGAGCUCGGAGCACCUCGCGGGGCUUAUUAACUACCGACGCCCCUCAUUCGCGUGCUGAGCAGGAGACGCGCCUACAAAAGGUAGACUCCAACUAUUGGAGCUGUAGGGUAUUUGACUGAGCUCGAUUUCCAAUUCAGCACCAAACCCCAGCCCUUUCCCAUCAUGGCAGAACUCCCAACGAGCAUUGGCUGGAUCGGCCUGGGGCUGAUGGGAUACCCAAUGGCACUCAAUCUGGUCAAGAAGAUGGACAAGGAUACACAAUUCUACGUAUUCGACGUGGUAAAGGAAAGCGUGGACAAGUUUGUAGCAGAGGACGAAGGGAGGAUCCACGCUUGUGGUGAUUCGAAAGAAGUGGCAGAUAAGUCCGAUCUAAUCCUCUCCAUGGUCCCCGAAGGCUCACACGUCAAAUCCGUCUAUCUCGACUCCUCUUCUGGAGUGAUUGCAUCUCCCUCCAUGCCUAAACUCCUCAUCGACUGCUCGACAAUCGACACAGCAUCCUCCAACCUUGUUCGCUCCACCCUCGCAUCCCAGUUCCCUUCCACGACCUUCUACGACAGCCCCGUCUCAGGCGGUGUCAAGGGUGCCGAAGCAGGUACCUUGACCUUCAUGCUCGGCUGCUCCAACACCUCUCCAGACCUCCCUCUCCUCCACAAACUUCUUUCCUUCAUGGGCAAGGAAUCUUCCAUUUUCGCUGCCGGAGGCCCUUCACUAGGCCUAACAGCCAAGCUCUGCAACAACUAUUGCUCCGGCCUCAUCGCCAUUGCAGUGAGUGAAGCAAUGAAUUUGGGAAUCAAAUCCGGCAUGGACCCUCGAGUUCUGGCGAAUAUCUUUCAUACUUCUACUGCGCAGAGUAGUAUUUGUGAUGAUUGGUGUCCGGUUCCGGGGAUCUGUCCCGACGCUCCCGCAUCCAAGGGAUACGAGGGCGGUUUUCGGGUGGAGUUGAUGAAGAAGGAUUUUGGGUUGGCGGUUGAGGCUGCGAAAGAGAAGGGCGUGGAAUUGGCGUUGGGGCAGAAAGGAUUGGGAGUUUAUGAAGGGGCUUGUGGAGAUGAGCAGUGCAAGGGAAAGGAUUCGAGGGUGGUGUAUAGAUAUCUUGGCGGAGAAGAGAAGUGGAAUUCUGAUGGGAGGUUUGAGGAGAAGGUGGAGAUGAGGCGGGAUGAAACGAGGGCUUUGUUGAAGAGGGCGAGAGACUUGGAUGACGAGGGGAGGAAAGAUGUUGGGAGAACGGAUAAAGCAAGGAACAUCAUGUAGCAAGCAAGAGCGUUGGCAUUUCUGGGCCUUCGAGCUCGUCGAAUGAUGCACGAGCGCCAGUCUCAUUACGUUGGACUCCCACGGCAUCAUGGAGAAACGCCAGAGUACUUUCUCCUAGUACUCGGAGUUCGGCGAUGGAGGGCGUCUCUCAUCUCGGUGCCUCAGCGGCUUGCAUUCAGUGGAGAUGGCGGAUCAUGAAUCUGGUAUGCUUCUUUCUCGCUCGCACCGAAAGCCCUAUCACUAAGGAACAUCACUCCGACAAUACAAUCUAUAUCGAGAAAAGAUAAGAG